GCCGCUGCCAUGGACACGAGCCGCGUGCAGCCUAUCAAGCUGGCCCGCGUGACCAAAGUGCUCGGCCGGACCGGCUCGCAAGGCCAGUGCACACAGGUACGAGUGGAAUUCAUGGAUGACACCAGCCGCUCCAUCAUCCACAAUGUGAAGGGCCCAGUCCGGGAAGGAGAUGUGCUGACGCUGCUGGAAUCGGAGCGGGAGGCUUGCCGCUUACGCUGAUCCGUCCCCACUUGCCAGUGCCCUUCACCCCCUGUGACAUCAGAAUUCUUGAGUGUGGCCUGUUGUGUCUUCUGGCUGAGGACCGCUGAGACCCUGGAUAAGACUC